AUGAACCAAUGUGCCACCAAGCCUCAUCAAGCCCACGAAUUCUGCAGGAAGACAGAAAUCUCCCCCCUGAAACCUGUCGGACCAAAAAAACUAAAUCCUUGCGAGAAGAAUCAAGCCACAUAUAGAGGUAUCCGAGGCGACGUGCGGAAAUGGACCAACGAUGGGGAAUCAAUAGAGCAACAUUCGCGUCACAAAGGCAAGCUCUCGACCCCUGAUUGCCCCCCCUCCGCAAUAGAGGAUAGACCCAAGCGGAUACUGACCCGGAUCAUCAUCUCGGCGGCCCUCAUGUUGUGCAAGAAACGGCUCCAGUCGGCUUCUAAGAUCACAGAAUCUAUCCCAGGCAAGGCUGGACCCUCGGGCCUCAAUAAUCGGUUACUGUCUGAGGAUGUUAUCGGGCCUACGACUAACGAGACGUUGCACGGCGAUCACAGCAAAAGCAUACGAGUUCUGGAACUGGAAGACCUCCAGCAUUCUGUGACUAUCGAAGCACAUACGGUGCAUGACACGUACCUCAAUCCUGUGGAUUUCCUGCAACGUAACGCCCAAUUGGAGAUGAAGAAUAUUGCCGCUGAGAAAGAUCGCGCCGUCGACUCGGGGCUGGGAGAUUGCAUUUGGCCGUAUAGUCGCGAACUUGCAAUUUGGCUGACACUGGUCGUCGCACAUGAACAGGUACCGCUUGCGCAUGUUCUUGGUUCGAAUGAUGGCCCACCAACGGGCUCGGCAGUUGCCCUCAGAGGAGCCGAAAGUUCUGUUCAUCACACCAUCUCUUCUCGCUCCCAGGCUCAGGCUUCAACCCGAAUCAAGCAUCUUGGCACACCCCAAAUAAAUUCCAUUACUAUCGAUAUCCGUAAGCAGAACGUUCCGACGCAAGACCAUGGAAACCCAGCGCCGCGGAGCGCAGAACACAGCGACGCUCCACUGCAUUCCCGCGAGUUAUGGGCAAGUUAUGGGUGCCUGUGGAUCGAGAUUCUAAUACUUGUGGGGGUCUCUUCAGAGGCUCGACUUGAGAUGAAUGCUGCACAAGGCGAGUGGGCGCGUUAUCAGUUUCAUUUACUUGUUACGUUCGUUCUCCUCAUGGCCUUCGUGCGGAGGAUGUUCUAGUAUCCACGUUUCAAUAUAAGUCAUAGAAUUUGACAAAGGCAUGAAUUUAAUUGAACUCAAAAGAAUACACUAUGUAAAGCGACUCAUGUUGGAGCAAAUGGAGAUCAGUCAAAGAUAGCAAAGGCAACAAUGCAUCAAGCAAAUAGACCUAAGCACAACGAACUACGAGUAUGGACAGUGUUAUAUAACAGUACAGAGGACAACGCAAGCAAGACAAAAUGGGAUGCAUGUAGGUUGAACAUAAGCCCUCCGUUUAAUGUACAAAACAACAUCACAGGGGCACGUCGCACGAAAUCAAGAAGUUAAAGGGGUAAAAGGAAUCCUUCGAGAUGCUAUACAUCUCAUUUAGUCGUCACCGUGAUUCCGCCCAUUGAGAUGC